GUCUACUACUGUUAUCGAGCAGUCACCUCGUCUAGUUCAAAGAGCAAAACAUGAGGCGUCUCUUAGUUUUAUUCCUCCUUGGACUGUCUCAGGCAACCAAACAAUGUAUGAAGGUCGACACUAUUGAUGAAAGCCCAACGUUUUUUAACUGCCAUCAACCCAUUUUUCUGAAUCUGUUGCCCAAAACUUCCGAGAACGUCCUUAUAGACAACAUCUGUAUAACGUACUUUCCACUUCCAGACGAGCCAAAUGCUAAUACACUUUAUGUGUCGAGGGUAUUCUGUGACGGUUCCAAUGACGUUACCACAUAUGUACAGGGACCGGUUUCGAAAGGGGUGAACCGGAAAGCAAAUCCAUUUCAGAUAGUGCAAGAUCACAUUGUUGCAUAUGCAGGCUGUGACACAAACGUUGUAUAUCGUUGCUCAGCGUUUGGAGAGCCGUUUGAUCCAUAUGUGUUCGGCGCCUCCUCUAACUGUGCUCCCCUCGGGCUCUCUUGCCUGAGGAAGAUCGAGGAGAUUAUUAAGGACAAGAAUCUACCUGACCAGGACUUCUACGUUUUGCCCAUGAAGCUGCCAAACCGUUGUGUCACACAACAGCUGUGUUUACUACCUCCAAACCCUUUCUAUAACAAGCUCGGGCCUUAUGGUGGAGCGUAUCUCGCUUAGAAGUGUUUAGAAGGAAUUUAAUUUAGCCUGUUUAUAUUCUAAGAGAUGGAUUUGUGCAAUGCAAUCCAUGGUCAAAGUCCGACAGUCUACUUUGGGUACUUACGUAUUAAGGUCGAUUCAGACAUCAGUUAUGGCAUGUCACAGUCCAGUCAAUUCAGGCACGUAAUAGUUAACAAAAAUAAUCUUUAAUGAAUUUUCUAUUGGGCUCUCUACACUUAUCCGUUGCAGUUCCGUCAGUCACUCUCCCGGCGUCCGUCAGUCAAUUUCAGAUUUCUUAUCAACGAUAUUUUUGGAUUUUUCGGACGUCUGACGGACGUGUUUGAGGUUAGAAAAUAGCACUUUUUUAUUUAAAUGAUCGAGUUUAUAUCUCAGGUAAUUUUUGUAACAAUCAACAAGACGGACGAUGAAAAUUUGAUAGAAUAUUGUGUUUUAAUUAAACAUUUUUGACUGUAACACCAAUGUAAAUAAAGUGACGGAAGAGUGACUGCAACCAAAUGACUGACAGUUUGACUGAGAAAUUGUGGACGCAACUGUGACUGGACUGUAACUGG